GCCUGGGAGUGCCCGCAGUCAAAUACUUUGAAACGCACACUACGCCUCGUGCAAACACCUCCGCGGAGUAUUCCGAAUCUCUCGAAAUGAUCAAAAACGGCCACCACGCAACAAGCGAGCAGCGGGGCGACGUGGCUGAGAGUCAGCAGCCGAGAGGCGCCUCGGGGUGCAGCCCGGAGAAAAGGAAGCGUGUCGUCCGGCUGUGGUGCGACGGUUGUUACGACAUGGUUCACUACGGUCACUCCAACCAGCUGCGACAGGCCAAAGCCAUGGGAGAUUACCUCGUGGUGGGAGUGCACACGGAUGCUGAGAUCUCCAAGCACAAGGGUCCUCCGGUCUUCACCCAGGAGGAACGCUACAAGAUGGUGCGGGCCAUCAAGUGGGUGGAUGAGAUGAUAGAAGGAGCCCCGUACGUCUCCACGCUGGAGACUCUGGACAAGUACAACUGUGACUUCUGUGUGCACGGAGAUGACAUCACGCUGACGGUGGACGGUAAGGACACGUACGAGGAGGUGAAGCGCGAAGGCCGCUACCGGGAGUGUAAGCGCACGCAGGGCGUCUCCACCACCGACCUGGUGGGCCGGAUGCUCCUCAUGACUAAAACGCACCACAGCAACAUGGAUAAUCCAGAUUACCAGCAGCAUACAGACAACUUUGGAAAAGGUCCUAAAGGCCACAGUCCGUGGACAGGAGUGUCGCAGUUCCUACAGACAUCCCAGAAGAUUAUCCAGUUCGCCUCAGGCAAGGAGCCUCAGCCCGGAGACACCAUCAUCUAUGUGGCCGGGGCAUUUGACCUCUUCCACAUUGGCCAUGUUGACUUCUUAGAGAUGGUCUAUAAGCAGGCGGAGAGGCCCUACGUCAUCGUGGGUCUGCACUUUGAUCAGGAAGUGAAUCGGUACAAGGGGAAGAAUUAUCCAAUCAUGAACAUCCACGAGAGGACGCUGAGUGUACUGGCCUGUCGGUAUGUGUCCGAGGUGGUGAUCGGUGCUCCCUACGCUGUGGGCAAAGACCUGCUGGAUCAUUUUAAGGUUGACCUGGUGUGUCACGGCAAGACGGAGGUGAUCCCAGACAAGGAUACGUCCGACCCCUAUGCUGAGCCUAAGAAGAGGGGGAUAUUCAGGCCCAUCGACAGUGGGAACAACCUCACCACGGAUGACAUCGUCAAGAGGAUCAUUGAAAACAGGCUGCAGUUUGAAGCCAGGAAUCAGAAGAAGGAAGCCAAGGAGGUGGCGAUGAUCGAGGUGAUGAAGAGGAGAGAGCUGCAGGAGCAGAGCGGAGGUGUCGCUCACUAGUGAGAACCUGGUUCUGUGUCUGAGUUGCUUGUCCUGGUACACACAGCUUUAAGAGGGUGGGCUGGACUGACCCAGGCAGACGGCCAUAUUGGACCUUGCUGAGGGGGGGGGGGAGGGGUUGCAGUCGGUCUCCACUAGUCCUCUAGAUGCAGAACCCUGCUUUAAAAUAUUUGCUGACUCGGCUUCUCUCAGCCUUUAUCAAUGCAGCCGAAGCUAUAUUAGAUCUAGAUGUAGAUAUUAGAUGUCUGCCGUGACGGAGCACAAAUAAUCCAAACUCGUAUCACGUUUUAUCCUUCAAAAUCCCUUUUAAAGCGCUCGUCUUCCACAGUGAACUUUUUAACGAUGUCUUCUGUCACGUCGUGUGUUUCUCUCCAUGGAAUAACACACACACUGUGAUCCUGUUUAGGUGUCGAAGUGUCGAAUGUCGUGAUAAGCCAAAACUCGAAAUGUUAAUAAUAACAUUGUCGGUUAAAUUUGUAUUUUAUUUUACACCUUCUAGUAUUUAAGAAGUGUCACCAGUCUCCUUGAAUGUGGUCUAUAUUUCACUGAAUAACACAUUUCAUUUAAAAGUCACUUUUUUUUUUUUUCUUCUCCAUUCUGGAUAAACAUGAUUAUUAGCAUGUUAACAAGUGAUCUGUGGAAUAGUAUUUUAAUUUUAAAUGUGGAUUUUGCACCGUGUGUGUGUGUGUGUGUGUGUGUGUGUGUGUGUGUGUGUGUGUGUGUGUGAGACAGUGGGGGAGUUGAUUGUUUGCGCUGUAAACGACAGUAAUUUCGUGCCUCAUUCCAAAAGCUAUAACUAAUUUAAGGGCUGUGAAUUGUAUCAAAAAGUCUAGACUGUGUCUCGGUGAAGUUUCUGCUCAGUCUACCACGAAAUGUGUUGAAUAACUUAAUUAAAUAGGACUUUGUAUCACGGUCAAACUGCCUCUGUAAACAUUCGUUGAUUGCUUUUUCUUGUUGUAUCAGGCCAAUGACUCCGAGAUGAAUUAUAAACGAUGCGUUACUCUGUGGAAUGAGUAGAUUUAGUUUCUAAAGUUACUAAAUAGAUGUGAAUGUAACCAUCAAUCACUAUAAUGCAAUGUGUAAAAAAAAAAAAAACGUUAAUAAAUGAAUGGGUAUGAAGGCAAAGGGUCAUCUGAGAUCUGUGUGGCAUCAGCACAUCGUCACGGUUCACUGAGUUGGUGAAAUGAGGCCACGGCCGCUCAGAAAAAGUGCAAACUGUCCCCUCGUGAACACAAAGAGCCGUUAAUCCUCCGGCCCGACGCGCCGGAGGAGCUUCUGCAGGGAGGCGUCCGUCCGCUCAGAUGCUGAGUCAUCAAGAUCCCAACUCGCCACAUUCACUCGGUCCACGUUGUUUUCAUGUGUUUGUCCACCGCUCUGCUUUUUAGUGAAUGGAGGAGAUUAAUAUUACACCAGAUGCCCAAACGUAUUCACCAUCCACCACAUGGACCAGGCUGGAUGUGUUUGUUUGGGCAUUAUUCAUUUAUGUUCAAGACUUAUGAGCUAAAAUGACUGUGAGAAAGAAAUUUGAAUAUUUUGGUCAGAUAUUGCCCCAGUGAAGUGGCUCCAAAACUGAAUCCUGAGAUAAGGGACCAACAGAUGAGAAAGAAAAACUAUCAUGACCCAAAAUUCUUUAUUUGGUUUGAUUCUCUUUUCUUUUUUUUACUUAUAUAUCUUUUGUGCAUUUGUUUACUUUCACAGAGGAAAUAAACACUGGUGAAUCGCUCACAA